AAGAACACAAGUUAGAAAAGAACGUCGUUGCGUUGCUAGUGCUUGUGUAAUCAAUCAUCACAGCUUUGCGCUUCGACAUAACUGAACUACGAUCGAUGGACGCCAUUGUUGAGGACGGCCGCGCCGGCCACUCGGCGGAGGGCGGCGAGAUGGGCGGCAGCCGCCGGCGGGAGAACGGUGUCGUCGUCGGCGGCGAGCUGGGUGACGAUCGCCGGCGUGAGAACGGUGGCGUGGACGGUGCUGACGGCGGCGGCGGCGGCAGGCACGCGCCGGGGUUCACGGCGAACACGAACGACACGCUGUUGGUGGUGGCGACGCUGAUCACGACGCUGACGUACCAGCUCGGGACGAACAUCCCCGGCGGGUACUGGCAGGACGACGCCGCCGACGGCAGCCACGCCGCCGGGUACCCGAUCAUGCGCGACAAGCACCGGCGGCGGUACUGGCUCUUCAUGGCGGCGAGCUGGGCCGGGUUCGGCAGCUCGAUGCUGCUCACCCUCUGCCUGCUCACCGGCGUGCCGUCGCGGUCGCGCGCCGUGCAGUGGCCGUUCCUGGUGGCCUACUCCAGCCUCGUGCUCACCUUCAUCACCUCGCAGUCGCGGACGUCGCUCGCCAUGGACGUGCUCAUCUGGGCCGCCGUCAUGGCCGUGCUCACCGUCGGCAUCAAGUACCGCCGCCUCGACAGGCUCCGCUUCCUCUUAUGCCCGCCUGCUCCGGGACCUCCUCGUACGCCAUGA